AUGCGAGCCCACAUGCCCAGGGUGGCUGGCGCAGCUCUCCAGGAGGCAGAUGCCUGCUCGCAGCCCAGACCAGAGGGGAGCAACCCUGAAGCUCCGUACCAGGCUUUUGGCUGCAGCAUCUUCCCCUCCAGCAUGGCCCCAGCAGCUGAGCAAGCCGGUGCUGCCCCGCAGCGGGAGGAGCAGGGGGAUACCACCUGCCCACUGCUCUUCAUCCAACUCAACCAGCUCUUCAGCACACCAGCAGGGCUGGAGUGGAGAGAGACAGCCAGGUGGAUAAAGUUUGAGGAAAAGGUGGAGGAUGGUGGGAUGCGCUGGAGUGCGCCCCAUGUCCCAGCCCUCUCCCUGCACAGCCUCUUCCAGCUGAGGAAUUACCUGCAGAAGGGGACAAUGCUCCUGGAUUUGGAUGCCCUGUCUUUCAAGGAAGUAAUCGGUACGGCACUUUCUGGGCAGCCCGAGGAAGCAGAGCUACGGCCCGAGCUGAGGGAACGCCUGGCAGCCCUCCUUCUCCGCCAGCCACGGCACCAGCCCACCAAAUCCCUACUGCAGCUCCUUGCCGAGCUCGUCCUCUCUCCAUGCCAAGGGAAGGCCAAAAGCUGGUCUGAGCCUGGAGCCCAGGUCUCCGAAACACCUCUUAAGGAGCAGCUGAGAAAUCAAUUUAAGAAGAAGGUCCCACUGGGGGCCGAAGCAGCCCACAUUGCUGUUGGUGAAGUUGACUUCCUGGAGAAGCCCUUCACCGCCUUCAUUCGCCUCAGGCAAGGGGUGGCCCUUGGCUCAUUGGCUGAAGUUGCUCUCCCCAGCAGGUUCCUCUUCAUUCUGCUAGGUCCCCGAGCCAAAGCCAAAGCCUACCAUGAGGUUGGGAGGGCCAUGGCCACGCUGCUGAUGGAUGAGCUCUUCCAAUGGGUUGCCCGACAAGCUGAGCACCGAGAGGACCUCAUCGCAGGGAUGGAGGCGUUCCUGGAUGAGCUGACUGUGCUUCCUCCUGGGAAAUGGGACCCCAGUGCCCGGAUUCCUCCACCGAACUGUCUGCCAUCUCUGCACAGGAGGACCACCAUGCACCCACCGGACCGGCAGUCGCAUGGCAAUGGGGACAUGGCAGCAGCUGGGGACAAAGCUGGCUUGGGGCACCCACACUCCAGGGAGGAGCUGGAGAGGACGGGCAGGCUUUUUGGGGGGCUGCUGCGAGACAUCCGGAGGAAGGCACCAUGGUACGGCAGUGACUUCUCUGAUGCCCUGCACCCCCAGUGCCUCUCGGCAGUGCUCUACAUCUACCUGGCGACUGUCACCAACGCCAUCACCUUUGGGGGCAUGCUGGGGGAUGCGACUGCCAACAUGCAGGGGGUGCUGGAGAGCUUCCUGGGCACAGCCUUUGCUGGCUCCAUCUUCUGCCUCUUUUCUGGCCAGCCCCUGACCAUACUGAGCAGCACUGGCCCCGUGCUGGUCUUCGAGCGCCUUCUCUUCUCCUUCAGCCAAGAGCACAGCCUGGACUACCUGGAGUUUCGUCUCUGGAUUGGGCUCUGGGUGGCCUUUUUUGGCAUCAUCUUGGUGGCCACUGAGGCCAGCCACCUGGUGCGGUACUUCACCCGCUUCACUGAGGAAGGCUUCUGCGCCCUUAUCAGCUUGAUAUUCAUCUACGACUCCCUGAAGAAGAUGCUGAGCCUGGCAGAUGCCUUUCCCAUCAACUGGCAGUACCGGCUGGACAACGUCACCUCCUACAGCUGCAUCUGCAACUUGUCCAGGCCCGGCCACAGCUCCACAGGGAAUGACACGGGAGGGGCGAGGGGCUGGGGUGGACCCGAGGUGUCUGUGCAUGAUGCCUCCUCGCCUCCUGCCCUGUCCCCACAGCCUCCCACCACCCCGGCUGGGCUGAGCAGGACCCAGUGCCUGCGUCGAGGUGGGCACCUCCUGGGGACCAGCUGCCAGUACGUACCCGACGUCACCCUCCUCUCCUUCCUGCUCUUUGGGGGCACGUUCCUGUCCUGCACUGCACUCAAGCACUUUAGGAGCAGCCGUUACUUCCCUGCGGCGGUACGGAAGCUAGUGAGUGACUUCGCCGUCAUCCUGGCCAUCCUUGCCUCCUGUGCCAUUGAUGCCACCCUGGGCCUGGAGACCCCCAAGCUUCUCGUCCCCAAUGAGCUGAAGCCCACAAACCCAGCACGGGGUUGGAUCAUCUUCCCCUUUGGAGCCAACCCGUGGUGGAUCUGCCUGAUGUCUGCGGUGCCUGCUGUCCUUGUCACCAUUCUCAUUUUCAUGGACCAGCAGAUCACAGCCGUCAUCCUUAACCGCAGGGAGUACAAGCUGCAGAAAGGAGCAGGCUUUCACCUGGACCUCCUCUGUGUCUCCUUCCUGAUGGUUGUGACCUCUGUUACUGGCCUCCCCUGGUACGUCUCAGCCACUGUCAUCUCCCUGGCUCACAUGGAGAGCCUGAGGAAGGAGAGUGCAAUCUCAGCCCCAGGCGAGCACCCCAAGUUCCUGGGCAUCAGGGAGCAGAGGCUGACUGGCCUGGCCGUCUUUGUCCUGACAGGGGUCUCUGUCUUCAUGGCCCCUGUUCUCAAGCACAUCCCAAUGCCGGUGCUGUAUGGGGUCUUCCUGCACAUGGGGGUGGCGGCACUGAACAGCAUCCAGCUCACAGACCGCGUGCGACUGCUCCUGAUGCCAGCCAAGCACCAGCCAGACCUCGCCUACCUCCGCCACGUGCCACUGCGCCGGGUGCACCUCUUCACCGUCAUCCAGCUCCUGUGCCUGGCCCUCCUCUGGGUCCUCAAGUCCACCAUGGCCGCUAUUAUCUUCCCAGUGAUGCUGCUGGCGCUGGUGGGGAUCCGGAAGGGCCUGGAGCGCAUCUUCUCCCUGAACGACCUGAGCCGGCUGGACAGCCUGCUGCCCGGGGACGGGGCGGAGAGGGGACGGCCCGGGAGGCGGCGGGCGGCGGAGAGCGGCAGCGAGGGGGUAGGUGACGGCCGGGGCGCCGGGCUCCCCGGGGGCGGGGGCCGGGGCCGCCGCGGGGGAGGGGCUGGCGACAGCGGGGCCCGGGCGCGCCGCCAGCCCCGCGCCCCUCUCGUUCCCCUCCCCAGGCAGAGCUGGUGCCGCGCCGAGCGCCCGAGAUCAACGUCUCGGUGA